GAAGAAACACUUUGGUUAGAGCGAGAAGAAACAUCAGAUCGUGAGAGAGGGAGAGGAGCCAUUGGAGUUUCUGAGAAGAUGACCUUUACGAUUCCGAUUGAGAACGGUAAUGGAGUGAAGAACGCUGAGGCCGAUUCCCAAAGAACAUUGUACCCGUAUGUAACUGGAACCUCAGUGGUAGCUAUCAAGUACAAAGAUGGCAUUUUAAUGGCGUCUGAUAUGGGAGGUUCAUACGGAUCCACCUUAAGGUACAAGAACAUUGAGAGGAUGAAGGCUAUUGGUAAGCAUUCUCUUCUUGGUGCCAGUGGGGAAAUCAGCGACUUUCAAGAAAUUUUGCGUUAUCUUGAUGAGCUCAUGCUGAAUGAUAACAUGUGGGAUGAUGGUAAUUCCUUGGGACCGAAAGAAGUUCAUAACUAUCUGACCCGAGUUAUGUAUAAUCGCCGGAACAAGUUCAACCCUUUGUGGAACACUCUUGUCCUAGGAGGUGUAAAAAAUGGAGAGAAGUACCUUGGGAUGGUCUCAAUGAUUGGUGUUAGUUUUGAGGACAACCAUGUUGCCACAGGGUUUGGGAAUCACCUAGCUAGGCCGAUUCUUCGUGAUGAAUGGCGUGAGGACCUGAGUUUUGAAGAAGGUGUCAAACUACUAGAGAAAUGUAUGCGUGUACUUCUUUACCGUGACAGAUCUGCUAUCAAUAAGCUUCAGAUAGCAAAGAUGACAGAGGAAGGCGUGACGGUCUCUGAGCCAUACUCGCUUAAGACAUUCUGGGAUUUCAAGGCGUUCACAAACCCAACAGUAGGUGCAGAAGGCUCCUGGUAAUAACUCAGAAAAAUAAGAAAACGAACCAUUAGCCAAAAACAAGCUAUAUAAUCCAAGAGAGGUGUUCCCUUAGUGUGAUGUUGUUGGACAGUGACCCUCUCUGUGUUUAUGAAUUUCUGAGUAACAUUUAGUGGAAUUAUGGUUUUAGUCUAAUACUUCUCCAUCUUGGUUAACGAGUGAGCAUUUGUCUU